AUGACUGCCCAGAGGCCAGCCAGCCAGCGUCCGCUGAAAGAGUUUGACGGCGUCCAUGACUCCCUCGCAGACAUCAUCGGCCAGCUCCGUGACAUCGACCCCAGCCGCCUCUCCUUCUCGCCCUUUCUCGACCUGGACACCCAGAUCUCCUUGGCCCCCGUCUCCGACAGCCCCGAAUCUUCGGUGGAAGAGCUGCACUCCACUGAGGACGAGGAGGACAAAGAGGAGAACGUUUGCUGUCUCGUCAUGGUGGAAGUUGCAGAACUGGUAACGGUGGACCAUGUGGGUGGAUCUCAGGUUUCUGUAGCCCAGGAGGAUCCUGGGCCACCAGAAAUGGUGGAUGGACCCAGAGAUCUGGUGGAGGGUGCCUCUUUUCAGGAUGGGGACCAGACUGUAGCCAUCAGGAUGCCCAAUGAGACAUCGUUUCUGGAUGCUGCCCAGCUGCUAUCGGGGAGCCCACGGACAUCUGUGCUACAGCAGGGCCAACUUGAGUCUCAGGACUUGCCCGACCACCACGAGAACCAGCCCUUCCUGGAGGUGAAAGCCCCGAACCCCGUUUCCCAGCUGGAGGACUCAGCCCUGUGUUCCCGUGGCAGGGGAGGCAAGUGUUGUCGCGGCUGCUCCAGUGACCACAUGAAGGCCGCGGCUUCCGCCUUUGUGGCCCUGCUGCUCGGGCCGUGGUUCCUCUACGGGUUUUACUACUUCCUGCCUCUCCAAGCGCCCACCUGUCCAGAUCUCGCCAGCCGCAUCGCGUUCGCCCUGCGCUGCCUCUUGAUCGCCGGCAUUCCUAUCCUGCUUGGCAUUGCCUUGAGGGCCUCUUCAGCCUUGUGUCUGGACAGCCUUAGCCCGCUGGAUGCCCGUUCCCGAACCGUCCUGCUCCACCAGAUGUUUGUUGCAGCCUCUGUGGACCAGUUCGCCAUCUUCUGCCUCAACUUGGUGGUGACGGCCACCUUCCUCCCACAGGAGCAUCUCCGCCUCAUCCCCAUCUGUGCUGGGCUCUUCUCUGUCGGCAGGUUCUGCUACUGGGUGACUUUGCAUCUCUGCAGUGCUUACCGGGGCUUUGGGUUCGGAUUGUCCUUCUUCCCCAGCCUCUCCAUGACCGCCUACAACCUCUUCUGCCUCUACGAGGUGGGCUUUGGUUUCCUUUUCCUGCCUGCCCCAUCAGGUUACGUCCACCCUGCUCCUGUCCCAACACUCGAAGGGAUUGUCCCAAAGGGGUAAAUGAUUCC